AUGGCGACAACAAGUAGCAAAACAUCGUGUGUUAUAUGCAAAAAAUCAAAAACCACUGUUAAAUGUAGUGGAUGUUCGAAAGAUUUUUGCUUUGAUCACAUCAAUGAACAUCGUAAUGAAUUGAGCGAACAAUUAGGUACAAUUGAAGAUCAAUUUAAUAAUUUCAAAAUUGGAAUCGACGAACAAAAAUCUGAUCCACAAAAACAUGAAUUAAUGAAACAAAUUGAUAAAUGGGAACGUGAGUCGAUCGAAAAGAUUCGACAAGUAGCAAAUGAAGUUCGUCGUGAACUAUCAUCAUACAUUGUCACAUUUGCUACCGAUCUCGAUUUUAAAUUGAAACAACUGACACAAAAAAUUAUUGAAUGUCGUAAAGACAAUGAUUUUGCCGAUCAAGAAAUUCAGGUUUUCAAUGAAGAACUUAAACGAUUAAAAGAUAUUCUCAAUAAACCACCAGAUUUCAAGCUUGAAUAUGAUUCAACAUCUUUCGUCCAUCAAAUUCGUCUUAAUAUGAAAACACAACUGCUACGCAGUAGAAAUUUGAAUGUCAAUGCAAAAUGGAUACAGCAAGGAGUCACUGUGGCUGGAGGAAACGGACAAGGUAGUGGAAUGAAUCAAAUCUACGAUCCAAGAGGCUUGUGUGUUGACAAUGAUCAAACUGCCUACAUUGCUGACUACUCUAAUAAUCGUAUUGUAGAAUGGAAAUCUGGUGCGACUAAUGGUCGAGUUGUAGCCGGUGGAAAUGGAUCAGGAAAUCGUCCUGAUCAGUUGCAUUCUCCGACCGAUCUGAUUAUAGAUGAAGAAAGAGAUAGCUUGAUUAUUUGUGACUAUGGUAGUAAAAGAGUAGUUCGGUGGCCUCGUCAGAACGGCACAAGUGGAGAAACGAUCAUCUCAAAUGUUGGAUGUUUCGGCUUGGCAAUGAACGAUCAUGAGUUUCUCUAUGUAUCUGAUUACGAUAGACAUGAAGUAAGACGAUAUCGAAUUGGAGAAAAUCAAGGAAUAGUGGUUGCAGGUGGGAAUGGACAAGGAAAUCGUCUCGAUCAGUUGAGUAAUCCGACAUUCUUUUUCGUCGAUGGAGAACAUUCAGUAUUUGUAACAGAUUGGGGUAACCAUCGUGUAAUAAAGUGGAUGCCAGAUGCAAAACAAGGCAUCAUUGUGGCUGGUGGUCAAGGUCAGGGAAAUAGAGCUAAUCAGUUAUCAUAUCCUGGCGGAGUUGUCGUGGAUCAAUCAGGUACUGUCUAUGUGGCUGAUCAGUCGAAUAAUCGAAUUAUGCGUUGGUCUGAAGGAGCCACACAAGGAAGUGUUAUUGUUGGUGGGAAUGGUGAAGGAAGUGGGUCCAAUCAAUUAAAUUGUCCCAUCGCUUUGUCAUUUGAUCGAGAGAGUAAUCUGUAUGUGAAUGAUCGAAGUAAUCAUCGAGUACAAAUGUUCAAAAUUGAUCAAGAUUGA